CGAGGCGGAAGAGAAAUUCAAUGCGUUGUGUGCGGACGUCAAGGAAAAACAGCCCCCUUGUCUUGUUUAUAUUGGACUCCCGACUGAAAACAACACAUAACUUCACAAAUACUUUAGGCCAUGGAGUCGCAUGGCAAAGAUGAACUCAAGGGACCCGUAUUGCAUAUCGUUGUAGUUGGAUUUCACCACAAGAAAGGCUGUCAGGUGGAGUACUCUUACCCACCUCUCAUCCCAGAGGAAGGCCAUGACAGCAACUCCCUGCCGGAGGAGUGGAAGUAUCUCCCCUUUUUGGCCCUGCCGGACGGGGCCCACAACUACCAAGAAGACACCGUUUAUUUCCAUCUCCCCCCUCUGGGUGGUGGAGAGAUGAAGUGUGUUUACGGCGUGUCCUGCUACCGGCAAAUAGAAGCAAAGGCGCUCAAGGUCCGACUGGCUGACGUCACCAGGGAGACGGUCCAGAAGAGUGUGUGCGUCCUCAGUCGAGUGCCCUUAUACGGCCUACUCCAAGCUAAAUUACAGCUUAUCACACAUGCGUACUUUGAGGAGAAAGACUUCUCCCAGAUAUCCAUUUUAAAGGAACUGUACGAACAUAUGAACGGCUCCCUGAGGGGGACCACUCUGGAGGGGUCGCAAGUUUACCUGGGUUUGUCACCAAGAGAUUUAAUACUGCACUUUCGGCACAAGGUUCUUAUUCUCUUCAAACUGAUUCUGUUAGAGAAGAAGGUCCUGUUCUAUGUGUCUCCUGUCAACAGACUAGUUGGAGCUCUUAUGACUGUUCUGUCUCUGUUUCCAGGCAUGAUAGAGCAUGGCCUGGCUGAUUCGUCGCACUACCGGCCGAAGAGCAGCGUGUCAGAGGACCUGAGCAUGGUGGAGUGUGUUCCAGGCUCCGAGGACUUUGUCUCCGUGUCCGUGACGGAUAUCGCCAACGCCACCAUGGAGCUGGUGGGGGAGUCCCUGGAUGGAAAGGCCGUCCCCCAGAGACCCGCAGCCUCGGAGGGGGACACCCACCACCUGAGGCCCCCAUCACGGACCUCCCCAGACUCGUCGGAGAGCGACUGGGAGACGCUGGACCCCAGCGUGCUGGAGGAGGGGGCCCCCAAGGACCCGGCAGAGGCUGCAGAGCACCCGGAGACCUUUGACCCUGAGCCUGGCAUCCCCAUCACGGUGCAGCCCCAGGCGGCGGGGGGGCAGGGGGGGGUGACGCAGGGCCUGGUGUCUGGCCUGGAGGAGGACCAGUACGGCCUGCCCCUGGCCGUCUUCACCAAGGGUUACCUGUGCCUGCCUUAUAUGGCGCUGCAGCAGCACCAUCUGCUAUCUGACGUGACGGUGCGCGGUUUUGUCGCCGGGGCAACCAACAUCCUCUUUCGCCAGCAGAGGCACCUGAGUGAUGCCGUGGUGGAUGUGGAGGAGGCCCGUAUCCACAUCCAGGACGCUGAGCUGCGGAGGCUGCUGGCCCUGACCACGGCCGACCUGCGCUUCGCCGACUACCUGCUGAAGCACGUGAUGGAGAACCGCGAGGACGUCUUCCUGGACGGCACGGGCUGGGAGGGCGGCGACGAGUGGAUCCGGGCCCAGUUUGGCCUCUACGUCCACGCCCUGCUGUCGUCCGCCCUGCAGGAAGAUAACGAGAGGCUGCUGGCUGAUUACGGCUCCCCCUUUGUGUCUGCCUGGAAGGACACCCACAACUUCAGGGUGUGGUACAGCAACAAGCACCCAGCCAUGGCCGAGAUCUCCUCAGGCCACCCGUUCCAAGGGCAGUACAGUGUGGCUGACGUCAAGCUAAGAUUCUCACACUCUGUGCAGAACAGCGAGAGAGGGAAGAAGAUUGGGAAUGCCAUGAUCACCACGAGUCGGAGCGUGGUCCAGACUGGGAAAGCCGUUGGUCAGUCAGUAGGCGGGGCGCUGACCAGUGCCAAGUCUGCCAUGUCUUCCUGGUUCUCCACCCUGGCCCAGCCUGCCGUUGGAUCCUCCCCAGCUAGUCCCAACCCUGACCCUGCUCACUCCUCCCUCAAUACUGCUAGUUAAAGAGGACGACUCCGGAAGGACUGGACUGAUUGCGUUGACCUGAACAAUUCAUUUUUGUUUUCUUUUUUUGGAAAGCAUCAGCAAUCCUCACCUCUGUCAGUUUCCAUUAGAAUCAGCCACCCCCCCCCCCCCCCCCUCUCCCCUUCUCACUGUUACCACGAAAGAGCAAGGAGAAGUGUUCAAACCUACAUAUCCAUGCCCCUAUCUGUGUAUUGUGAAACCACAGUCCUUUGUCCUCAAGCUCAAAAGUGCUUCUUUAUUCAUUAUUAGGCCCUGGCUGUAAACCUGUGUUAUGGUCAAGUCCUACACACUGGUGGAAUACUGUAAUAAAAAAACAAAACGAGUCGAAGAAAAGUCCUCCCGUAUGAUCUGAUGCUGCUG